AUGGCGAGCGGCCGCCGGCACACCUGCCUUUUAAACCCUCCUCCAACCUGGGCAGAGGGGUGGGGAGGAGAGCGGGGGCGCAUCCUGCCGUGCGCGCACGGGUGGCGGGGGGAUGCUGCCGAGGACGGGCUCCCCUCCGCCUGCCGAGCCGCCCCCCGCCCCGGGCAAGGACGGGCUCGUCCGGAGGGGCCGCAACUUGGGAGGGCUGAAGGAGGUUUAUUUUUUGCCCCCCUCCCCCCCAUACACACACCACCCCUUUCUCCUCCCUCCUCGGUGCAAACCGGGCUGCUCUCCAGGGGAGGAGCAAGGAAGCCGGGGACGUUCUCAAAGCUGAGCCACCUCUCCCACGCGACCAAAAAAAAAACCUCGACCCCACCAAGCACCCAAGCGAUCAAACACACACAAAAUAAGCCCUCCAAACUCCGCGAUGCCAAGAGAAACUACCAAGUGACUGAAACUGCCGGGAAGGCAGCAACCAGCCCCGCCGCCUGCCCCCGGCCCCCUCCGCCCGCUUUGCCAACUCAGCGCCGCCGGGACCCGCUUCCUCUCCGGGGCCGGAGGGCUGCGUUCCCGUGGCGGGGGCCCCGGUGCUGCCAGGUCCUGGAGUUGAGCCCCACUCCCACCGCGGGGCUUUGCAAUACUUCGUACACUGGGGCAAGUGGGGGGUGGAGUGGGAGCGGCAGCCCCGGGCCCGGCGAGGGGCUGCCCGCCACUGUCCUGCCCGGCUCGCUUCUCCUCGCAGCAGACGGCGCCGCUGCUGGAACUCCGGCUGGCGACUUUGCUGCUGAGCUGAAACUGCUAAUUUCUGUGACCAGCUUUUUUCUUAGCUGUGAUCUGGAUGAAUGAGUAGCUGUCUCACAGAGAUGACAAAAAUAAACUCUAAUCCCCCCAAAAAUUUCCACUACAUCUUUCUCAUGCAUAGAUUUAUGAUCUUCAAGCGCCUUGUGCAAUAUGCAAACUUUUUGUCUGCGAGUGUGUGUGUGCUGGGGGGGGGGGGGGGGGAGGGGGUAAGUCUGUUAUAUUCAGGUUUCACAGUAUCUGGUUUGUGUCUCUACUCUCCCCCCACACCCCAAAUGUGGUGAAAAUAAUGUCUGAUUUCAGCACCCAGUAUCAUCACAUACACCCCCUCGC